AUGUAUCCGAGCUUUCAACCACCUCCCACAUCAACCGCAGCUCUGGGCACUUAUUACCCCUCGACAACUUUUGCAGGACCUGCUUAUCAGCAGCAGCAGCAGCGACAACAACGACAAGAAAACCAAGGGCUUCCACUAUAUACGCUUCGACUGGUCUACAGGGUCGUCCUCCUACCACAACUAGAAUGCCUGCUGGAACCUCAUAUGGCGGAUCUCACGCUUUUCACAGCACCCAACACCCAGCAUCACAGGCUGGUUACUGUGUUACAUAUGGAGGAAACCAAAACGAUUCCGGCGGUCCUCGACAAACUUCUGGCCUCUACGGAGGAGUUCAGCGAAUCUCCAGCGGCUCAUACGGAGCGGGCCAGCAAGGCCCCAGCAGGUCACACGCGCUCGUACACAAUGCCGACCAAGGACAGAGGACCAAUGAACGUCUCCCACCUAUCAGAACCAUGGGUUUGCUGCCAUACCAAGGUUUCAAUCAUACUUCCAGUACCCCACAGCCGUCGGGGUUUGCAGCGCGUCUUGUCGGCAGGGCAGAAGGUGAACCGGAAGACUGGACCGCCGAGGAUAGAUGGCUUUUCAGAAAUGGGAUGA